GUCGACUUCGCCAAAAAGCUCAGUGUCAUUGCCUACAGUAGUCCUCGAGUUUCAGGUAUUGAUUAAUAUUCUUUAUCGAAGCUUUAUCGUUUGUUCCAACAUACUUGCAACACACCUCAAUGGCCGAGAUUCUCACUGAAAUUCGAAAAAUUCCGCCAGUGACGCGCUUUCUCGUUGGAUCGUCUCUCAGCGUCACCCUCCCAGCCAUUCUAAAUCUUGUCUCGCCAUGGAGGCUUAUCUUCACGUCACAAGCUGUUAUCCAAAACUUUGAGUUCUGGAGACUGUACACAAGUUUCUUCCUGGGAAGUAUGAACCUGAAUUAUAUUUUCGAGCUUGCCAUGAUCUACCGCAACUCGAACAUGCUUGAAUCAACUCACUACGAGCGCCGUUCCUCCGAUUACGCCUGGCAACUCUUUCUUGCUGGCCUUGCUCUGGUCGCUGUGAACCGUCCUAUCCAAUCCUACGUGCAUACCCGCGCCUUGCUUCAUACUCUCACCUACUUGAUGUGUUCCCUUUCACCGCCAGGCGCGCUCACCAGUGUUAUGGGUCUCAUUACCAUCCCUGUCGCAUACUUCCCAUACGCACUCUUGGGCAUGGACCUUCUCACCGGUGGGACAAGUGCCGCUGCGCAGUGCGUGAGUGGGAUGCUUGUCGGUCACGCGUGGUGGUGGCUAGUUUGGGGAUCCGGCAUCGGCUCAGGCGGUGUCGAACAGGGCAUGUACGCGGGGUGGGGACGUGCUCCUGCGUGGCUGAAGAGCUGGUUUGGCGAGCGUGAAGAGUACGGACGUGCGGGAAGCAGGAGGGGUGGCGUGCAGGCGUUUGCACCAAGGCAACGUGCUGAGGAGGCUGCUGCUUCAGGGCGGGUGACGGGACAUAACUGGGGGUCUGGAAGGAGAUUGGGGGAGUCGUAGUUUGUGAGAGGCUGACUUCCCAGACGAAGUGUCAAGAAAUAUUGAUCAGGGUUUGUCCCUCCGAGAUUUAGGCUUGGUUGCUGUGUCAUUUUCUAUUGAGAAUUAUUACACGACUUGAUAGUCAAAACCUUGUUCGCGUUUGCUAUGUUCCUAACACCCACGUAUUGUCGUCAUAUCACCUCAGUCUUCAAAUUAGUAACAAUAAGAGACCGCUACAAGGCUCUUUGUCUGCAUGACACGAUUUGUUCGUA